AUGCUGUUGCACGUUUACUUUCACGCCGUGGUAACCGAUCUAUUCCGACCUUUCCUCGCAACAGAAUACAAAUCGCGACGCCUAUACUCCUUCACCACACAGUACGCCACUCCUGAAGCAGUCUAUGCAUCGUCCGUUACACAGCUCAAGCGACUGCUCCUGCUUUAUCGCCUGGGGAACAAGAACGCGAAUUAUUCCGUCCUAUGGCAGACUGCAGUCGUCUACGUCGCCAACGCCAUGAUCCAAGAGGGGGGAUUAUCACUACGGGCUGAUGGUCAACCCGGCAAUGAGUGGAAAUUCUACUUGGACGUCUGCCUCGCAGGCCUGGAGGACCUGUACGCGUCGUUCCCUGUCUUUGGGUCAAUCGCCCAGGGCAUGGUCGGUAUGGCGCUGCGACACUCGGCGAUACAAACAAACAAGGCUACCCGCGUACUGGCGCAGCUCGAUGAUAUUGAACGUCGGCACGCAUCUCUCAAGGGCAUGACGGACAAGACGGAGGCGAGGUGGAUCAUCGAUUUGGACCUGGCAACGACUGAUUUCGAGGGGGCUCAAGCCCGUAACCUCAUCGAAGAGCUUCAGAAGUUGAUGGUUGAGCAGACCGAGUCCGAGAAUGUGGGUGACGAGGGCUAA